UCCUAAUGAGCUUAGGACUGAGAUAACUCCUUAUAAAAAGAUAUUUUUAGAAGCUUACGGAGGAAAAACAAAGACCUUAAACACUAAGAGAGAAAAGGUGAUCGGCAACAUGAAUGAUGGAGAAGACCCAUCGGUUGAAACAAUUCUGAUGCUUCCUGAUGAUUUACUAUUAAACUGCUUAGCUCGCGUCUCAAGAUCAUACUAUCCAACUCUCUCAUUAGUCUGUAACAAAUUUCACUCUAUCCUUGCUUCAACAGAGCUUGGCCAAACCCGAGUCCUCUUAGGCUGCACCCAGAGUUGUCUCUACGUGUGCUUACGACUCCGCACAGAUUCUAAACUACUACGUUGGUUCAUUCUCGGCCAGAGACAAAAUAGUUCCAGAAAAGUUUUGGUCCCAAUUUUGUCUCCCAAUAUAACUUCCGCGGGUGUUGCGGUGGUUGGUCCUAAUAUCUAUGCCAUCGGCGGUGGAAUAAGGAAUAAUACUUCGUCUAGCGUUAUGGUCAUGGACUCUCGUUCUCACACAUGGCGUGAAGCUCCAAGCAUGCGGGUGGCCCGCAAGUUCCCAUCUGUUUGCACCCUUGAUGGAAAAAUAUAUGUAAUGGGAGGCUGCGACAAUCUCGAUUCAACGAAUUGGAUGGAGGUUUUUGAUACGAAUACUCAAACUUGGGAGUUUUUACAGAUCCCUAGCGAGGAGAUAUGUGGAGGCUCUAAUUACGAAAGUGUAAGGUAUGAAGGAACCGUCUACGUGUGGUCUGAGGCAAAGAAUGUGACUUACAAGCUACAUGAAGAUAGAUGGAGUGUGGCAGACAUGUACGACAAUAAGAAUAGGACAUGGGGUUGGCUAUCAUCAUCUUAUUGUGUGAUAGAAAAUGUGUUUUACUGUUUUUUAAUCAAUAAGAUCCGUUGGUAUGAACCCAAAGAAAGAGCAUGGGCAACUUUAAAGGGUUUGGAAGGAUUGCCUACCUUGCCUUGUAAUGGCCAUGUUUUAUUGGCGGAUUAUGGUGGGAAAAUGUUGAUUUUGUGGGAGGAAUAUGUGGUUGUUAAGGAGAAGAAAAUGAUUUGGUGUGCAGAAAUUACGAUUGAAAAGCGCCAGAAUGGAGAAAUUUGGGGAACACUGGAGUGGUUUGACAAUGUGUUUAUGUCGAAUGGGCCAAACGGUUUGAUGGGAUUAGCGCAUGCUCUUUCUACUACGGUUUGGUGAAUUGACUCAUGAUUGCCAUAAAUUUCAUUUUGUUUUGACUUUUCCUUAUUAAUAUUCUUGUCAACCCAAUUCAUUUUGUUUUUGAUAUUCUUGUCAACCCGAGACCUUGGAGAAUU